AUGCACCAUCUCACGCUCGUCCCAACGCUCCACCCACAUACAACCAGCCACAACAUGACCUCCAAGAGCCAAGCCGUAACCCAGGCGCUCCUCGCCCGCGCCCACUCCCCCACCACGGCCGAGCGCAUCUACUCGGACAAGAUCCAGCACCGCCCGCUCUUUCUGCGCCCGACCUCCCCUCCGCCUCAGGCCACCGCCCGCCAGGCCCGCCGCAAGGAGCGCGAGCGCAAGGCAAAGGAGCGCAAGAAGGCCCUCAAGCCCAAACCCCUGUCUGCGACCCAGCGGCGCAAGCUCCGCCUCUACGACGUGCCCCGCCACGGCCAGAAAUACGCCACCUUCUUGCCCCUCCACCACCUGUGGCUGGGCUAUGUGACGGAGCUCCUGGGCAACGAGGUCUACACCGGUGGGCAGGGCGCAGCCUCGAAGCUGAGCUCCGCCGACAUGCACGGCGCCGAGGUCGAGGUGGUCCGCAGUGGCUGUGUCGGUCGGGUCGGCAUAAAGGGCAUCGUCAUCAAGGACGCCAGAUUCGUCUUCGAGGUCGUCACGCCCAAGAACAAGGUCAAACUAGUCCCAAAGGAAGGGACUCUCUUCCGCGUCGAAAUACCACCACCACCGCCGACGACCACUGGCGCCGAGCCCACCGAGGCCGCCGGGGGAGAACAAGCAACCUCCACCAAGAGCUUGGUCUUUGAGAUCCACGGUGACCAAUUCUCCGUCCCGUCAGCUGAACGCGCAAACAGAAAGUUCAAGCCGCACUUCCUCACCAACGUGUGA